GAUUAAAAUCGUAUUUAUUAAAUAAUCUAAUGAAAAUGAGUACUUAUACUUAGCAAAUCUCUUCAGAAAUGUAUUAGUUUAUGGUGGAAAAUUAAAAAAUCAGUGCUGAUUCCUAUCUCUCGAAAGUAAUCCUAAGACGAACAUUAAAAUCGUCGAAUAUCAACGCAGUCGCGAAAGACAGCGCUGCUGGCGUCGCUGCUUUUGCAACCAGCAAAAAAAAAACAAUGUCGUAUCGUCGUGCGACCAAAAUAAUAAUAAAAACAAGGUCGCUUGGUUAUAGCCUCUAGCUAGGCAAAGAAGGAAAACACAAAACACACACCCAGCACGCAGGACGUGCCAAAAUGUUGGACAAGGGCAGUAUUGCGACGCUUUGGCAACCGCCGCUGGCCCAUGUGCUGGUUCUGGUGAUAUUAAUCGCAGCCCCUGGCCUGUGCUACAAAAACGUGCGCAUCCAGGACAACCUGUGCUCGAACAACCUAAUUUUCACACUCGCCAAACCCUUUCGCGGUGACCCCACGGUGAGGCUCGACUUCGAGGAGGAUUCAGCGGCGAUUAUGACGCAGACCUGGAAUCUCACACUGCCCAAUGGCCACUCGGCCAACAAGAUCAAGUACGACUGCCAGUUCCGCGUGGUGACCAGCGACCGUACACCGCGCGGCAUUUACACACUCAUCACCAGGCUCAAGUUCCGGCGGGAUCCUGUCUCGAAAAAGUGCAUCGACUACAUACAGUUUACCGGCGGCAAUCGGUCGCCCAGUGAACGCAUUUGUCAUAACAUCGUCAUCAAUGGCCCGGCCGGGCGACUGAUCUUCGAUGAGCGGGAUCGGGAAGUGAACGUUCACAUCUACAUCGACAGAUCGCGCCACAUUCUGGGCGAUCAGCUGGAGCUGAGCAUGGUGCUGACAGCCCACUCCGAGUGCCAGUUCAACGGUGACUUUCUGUGCGAUCCCAACGACCAAUACUCGUGCAUAUCGCGGCAUUUUGUGCGGGACAACGUCACCAACUGCUUGUAUCCGUGUAGGGAUGAAGGAACGUGCUUCCACGACGCCAUCGUGCCGGAGGAGAUAGACACAGCCAAUGACUAACUAUAAAGCACGAUCUGGUCUGUUUGAAACGCCUCGCAUCGCCCGAAUUUUAAGAAGAAUUAAAAUAAAUGAAUGGAAAAGACGUAA